UGCGUCCCCAGAAGUUCCAGCGAUGAUUGGGUGCAGAAUUGUGCAUCGAAAAUCAGCAGGCUGGGGCUGCUGGAGCCGCCGGAGGGUUUGGUAGCAGCCAGCGGGGGACUGAGAGGCGGACGAUGCCGCAGCACGGUGCUCUGCUGCAGGGUUUGUGUCCGGGAUUAGCCGCUACUUAGCUCCGAGUGUUUUGGAGACGCAGCGCAGCUCCGAGCCGCGCGUCAGGUGGAUGCGCCUGCAGUGAUCCAGGUCGCCCCUAUGGAUCGCGCCCCAUGGAUGUCUUCAAACCCGCUUUGGACAGUAGUUUGAGUCCCAAGGCGUGCGUUUCCUCGUCGGAAGAAGCGGAGGCUGAUGUUUUCCGCUGGCCGGAGAGCGGCACCGGAGCCGCGCCGGAUGCGGAACCCGCCGCCCCGGGCUUCUGGACGGCCGUGUUCGACUAUGAGGCGAGUGCGGACGACGAGCUCAGCCUGCGGAGGGGAGACCUGGUGGAGGUGCUGUCCAAGGACUCCCUGGUGUCCGGGGAUGAAGGCUGGUGGACCGGGAUGAUAGCGGACCGGGUGGGCAUUUUCCCGUCUAAUUAUGUGAGCAGAGGCAGCGGCAUCCCGGAGGAGAUCCGGGACACGUCGGAGCAGCAGUACCCGGUGCCUCCUCUGCACCUCCUGGAGAUCGAUUUCUCCGAGCUCACCCUGGAAGAAAUCAUCGGGGUCGGGGGUUUUGGUAAAGUCUACCGGGCCGUGUGGCGGGGCUGCGAGGUGGCGGUGAAGGCGGCCCGGCGUGACCCGGACGAGGACGUGGAGCAGACGUUGGAGAGCGUCCGGCAGGAGGCCAAGCUGUUCGCCAUGCUCAACCACCCCAACAUCAUGGCUCUGCUCGGGGUGUGUCUGCAGGAGCCCAACCUGUGCCUGGUCAUGGAGUACGCCCGAGGAGGGCCCCUGAACCGGGCCCUCGCCGGAAAACGCAUCCCGCCGUGCACGCUGGUGGACUGGGCCGUGCAGAUCGCCCGAGGGAUGCACUACCUCCACAGCCAGGCCAUCGUCCCCAUCAUCCACCGGGACCUCAAGUCCAGCAACAUCCUCAUCCUGGAGAGGGUCGAGAUGGAAGACCUCAGCAACAAGACCCUGAAGAUCACCGACUUCGGCCUGGCCCGGGAGUGGCACCGGACCACCAAGAUGAGCGCCGCCGGCACCUACGCCUGGAUGGCUCCGGAAGUCAUCCGCUCGUCCACGUUCUCCAAAGGCAGCGAUGUGUGGAGUUAUGGCGUGCUGCUGUGGGAGCUGCUGACUGGAGAAGUUCCAUUUCGGGGAAUCGAUGGUCUCGCUGUUGCUUACGGAGUGGCGAUGAACAAACUGGCUCUGCCGAUUCCUUCGACUUGUCCCGAGCCCUUUGCACGUCUUAUGGAGGACUGCUGGAGCUCAGACCCUCACUCUCGGCCGCAGUUCACAACUGUGUUGGACCAUCUGACGGCCAUCGAAGAGUCGGGGUUCUUUGAGAUGCCGGCGGAGUCUUUCCACUCUCUGCAGGACGACUGGAAGCUGGAGAUCCAGGAGAUGUUUAAUCAGCUGAGGACCAAGGAGAAGGAGCUUCGGUCCUGGGAGGAGGAACUGACCCGAGCGGCGCUGCAGCAGAAGUGCCAGGAGGAGGCGCUGAGGAGGCGCGAGCAGGAGCUAGCCGAGCGGGAGAUCCACAUCCUGGAGAGGGAGCUCAACAUCAUCAUCCACCAGCUCUACCAGGAGAAGCCUCACGUGGAGAGCAGGCAGGGGAAGUUCCGUCGCAACCGCCUUAAACUCAAGGAUGGCAACAGGAUCAGCCUCCCUUCAGAUUUUCAGCACAAAAUCACAGUGCAGGCGUCUCCCUCCCACGACCGGCGGAGGAGUUUGCUGAGCAGCAGCUCCAGUCCUCCAACUAGUCCACCGAUGCUGCCUCGCCUGAGAGCCAUCCAGCUCACCCCAGGAGAAGGCUGCACAGCUUGGGGUCGCAGCGCCGGUUUUCAGCAGGACGACGAGGAAAGCGAGAGGAAGGGCUCUAGGAAGAAGGGCCGAUCCCGAGGAUGUGGCCCCUACAGGGAGCACAGUGCCGACGCCAGUGUGAAGCCUCCCCACGAAGGCAGCAGGCAGCGAUCCUGCAGCGCCCCGAACCUCCGCAGAUCCCCGAGACACAGUCCGGCGGUGCCUGGAGUGCCGAGCCUCGUGGAGAUGGAAAAUGAAGACUGCUGCUUCACUACUGAGCCGGGAGCAGCUCCUGGUCAGUCCUACCUCUGCAUUCCCUUCCAUAAGGAGGCCCACACAGCUGCUGCUGCUGCUGCUGCUGCUGCUGCUGCUGCUGACGGUGAUGGAGAAGAGUACUGCCUCAGCGGCCAGGCUCCAUCAACUCCACCCUGCAGGAAGAGCCCGGUCGGGGGCCGGCGCUCCGAGCUGGUCCUGCUGGGCUGUGGAGCUCUGCUGGCGGCCGUCGGACUCGGCUGCAACCUGCUGACUUUGGCUCAACCUGAAGAGAGCAUCAAACCGCGGUGGGAGGGCUUCUUCCACAGGUCCGGAGGUCAGCGGAGGAGCACCAGCCCUCCGACUCGAAGACUGUUCCGGCGGGAAAGCCCUCUAAAACCCUGUGCGCCGUCGCUGCCAGAGCGAGGUCUGCCCUCCUCGUACACGCUGCUGUCCUUAUCGUCGGUGUCCGACUGCAACUCCACUCGUUCGCUGCUGCGCUCGGACAGCGAGGAGCUGCUGGUUUACCGUCCCGCCUCGCCUCCUCCUGCUGCCUCGCAGCAUCCAGCCAUCCAAACGCCGGUCAACCCUCUGGUCAACACUCACCUGGAGAGCUUCAAGCGGAACCCCCACCAGUCCCUCACGCCCACACACGUCCCCUCGGCCCCGAGCUCCUCCCGUAGCCUUCGUAGAACCCCGUCGGACGGAGCCAUCAAGAAGAGCUGCCCAACUAAUCAUCUGGAACCACUACCAGAAAAAACGGCACUGGAGAAUACAGCAGCUGGUUUCAGGGGUUUAAAAGAAGACUGUUCUGAGGUCCCCCGUCUCCCCAAUCCGAACAUUGUGUUCCCUCCAACACCCCGGCGCCGCUGCGCUCCUGAACGCCCCAAAACUCUGGACUUCAUGUCUCGUCCUCGGCCUUCUCCACGAGCUCGCUGCGACGUGUUCUGGGCCGAAGCGAGGCCCCGAGGAAACGGACAGAACCUGGGUAGCGGUGAAUCUCCCGCCCACACCUCCAGCACAGAGACUCCCCCCACCGUGGAGUUCGGCAGAGACCCGGCGGCGCUGCCCACCCCCAUGGAGGCCCCGACGCCCUACUCCCCCCGCAGGAACCACAACCUGCUGGACCGGCAGGACGAGGGACAGUACCGGGACGGAACGGUGCCGCUCUGCAGACCGGAGCUCAGCCUUCCCAAAGACUCUCCGUACCGCUACAAACCGGGGUUCUGGUCCUAAGUCGGUCCACAUAGCGAGGAGGCUGUUCCUGCUGUAGCCUUUGGAUUGUCACAAGUCUGGGUCAGUUAGUACAAAUUAAUCUGGGACUGGUUCUCCAUCUACAAUACUGUUGGUAAACUACAGGAAGACAUUUACUGUGAAUAUUUUUGUUGUAAUUUGCGGUAAAAUCUUCAAUAUGGCAUCAAAAGCCAAAUAUCUUGCUGCAGCCUGCAGAACAGGCCGGGAUUUGACCCAUUAAUGCCACCAACCGUGAUUUGAUUGGUUUAAAUGUCAAAUAUGGGCGGAGUUAAUGGUGAUUUAAUUGGUUUAGCUCAGGGGUGUCAAGCUCAUUUCAGUUCAGUAGGCCACAUACAGCCCAAUGUGAUCUCAAGCGACCAGUAAAAUAAUAGCCUAUAAAUAACCACAACUCCAAAUGUUUCCCUUUGUUUUGGUGCAAAAUAGUACAUUCUGGAGAUGUUCACAUUAUCUUUUUACAAGACAGGAAUGAAUAACCUGAAAAAUAAGUGCAAUUUCAACAAUAUUAUGCUUCAGUUCAUCAUUUACAUUUACAGUCACAGAGUGUCUGUUAAGGCAAAGGACACAUUUAAAAUAGUUAUGUUUAGUGAAAAAUUGCAGUUGAUUUCUUCUCUGUAAUUUUUAGACUUUGCAUGUUAUGUUUGACACCCCUGAUUUAGACUGUUUGUUUCAUGGUUGACAGCUUUUGAAGUUAUUUUUAAAACCGUUAGCCACAAAGCAUUUAACGCUCUGGCUGCACUCCAAAUCACAUACUUCAUACUUUAUAUAUGUACUGUAGUACGAACUACACCUACUCACUCAAAGUACCUUCUGUUUCUUGCAGAUUGCACACAACUGGGAUGUACUAAUUUGUAAUAAUAUUGCACCUUAACUUAAAUAGUCGCAGUCUGUAAUGCAAAAAGGGCUGUUAUGUGUUCAUGCAUGGUUGGCGGCUUCAGCUUCUGUCCAACACCAUUAUGUGGGGACCUAACAGUGCAAAGGAUUGUGGGUCAGAAUGGGCAGAAAAGCAUGAUGGCUUGCAUAUUUCAAAAUCCAACCAAAAAUAGGAGGACAUCCUGGUAUUUUGGGUGUACUGUAUUAGUCAUACUAUGUAUUGGGGCAUGCUAAAUCUUUUUCUAGUGUACUGUACAUUAUAGUAGGAUGGAUAUUGGGACGCAGCCAAUGUUUCUAGUUCACUCAUUCAUGCAUCAAUGGCAGCGGAGCUUCCGUGCAAGAUGCUCGUCUGCCUUCAUCACUCAGGUUCUCUGUCUUGCCCAUGGAUGCUUCAGUGCAUCAUGAGAUGUUGAUGAGAACAUUCUCCAACUUAUUAAGCUGAAUAUGACGCAUUUCAGAAGAUUAAACUACCCAACAAUAUAUGAAGUAGUUUAAAUAAGCUCAGCCUUAAAUACCAACAGCAGCGAAAAGCAACUCGAACAUAAAUGCAGCGGUAUCAUUAACAUCACAUAUACAAGCAAAACAGUGACCUGGAACAUUGUUCUGCACAGUGGGCGCUUUUAUUUUUCAGGGUUGAUAUACACUUGUAUACUUUUUUUUGCCUAAGGUUCUAAAUUUGUGGAAAUUUAGUUGAACCACGUACAUUUUUGCAGGCGUUAACAGUAGAGUUUGACCAUCUGGCAUUAAAACUACAUACAUUAAAAAGGUCAUUCUGGUUAGUUGUAAUGACAGAUAUUUCUAAUUCAGUUUUCAGCAGUCAGAAUAUAGUUGCAGACAGCCCUAAUUAUGACGGCAUCAUUGGAAGCAUCAUCAGAAAGUUUCUCAUGUGAGGUUUCCCAUUGGAUAUUGGAGCAUUUAGCCAUUUGAACGGCAUUAGCAGAGGUAAUGGUGGCUGUUGUGGUGGAGAAAAGUGCAAAAAAAUGCCGUGAAAUUGGAAAAUCUCUUCAGCGAAGACUUUGUGACGAACAAGACGCUGGAAAUUUACUAGAACUUUAGCCUCAGGUUGUGGUGAUGUGGCAUUAAACAGCUUGUCAUAUGCAGUUAUAAUUGCGGUGCCAUUGUAUGUUUGCAAAGCAAACUGCCUCCACCUUCUAAGUGCAGCAGCUUCUAUCCUAACUACAAGUCAUUUUACCUUGUCAAAACUCUAUUUCAAGAUAUCUGUAAUUAGAUUUCAACGAGGCAGAAUUCCAGUUUGAGAUAUUUACAUUAUUCUGACUAGUUAAAACUAAUUUAAGUAUCUAAAAAGACCAUGUAGAUGUCUUAAAUUGAGUGGAAUUCAAGAAAUCUUGACCUAGAUUUAAAGCAAGUCAGAAUUAAAGAAUUAAAGUGUUAAUAUCUAAAACUAGACUUAAUAUUAGUCAUAAUUCAGUUGCAGAUAUCGGGAUAUUUGCCACUGAAUUGAAAAUAUCUGACAUGAGAACCACAUGAAUGGUAAAAGUGGUGCAUUUGUACAGGAAGAAGGACAUUAUGGAUUUAUUUAAAGCGUUCUUUCUGACUUAGAAGAACUGAAUUACAGAUAUCUGCAGAACUUAUCCAGUCUAGCUAUUAAACUCUGCAACCUCUUGCAAUAUUUGUUCUCCAAACACCAGCUAUCAGUGUGACAAGAUCUACGCAAUUUAUGUUAAAUGUUGCCCAAAUUAAGUAGUUAAACCAAUCAAAUCAUGAUGAAUGGGAUUAAAUGUUUAACUUUUUCAUUCUGCAGGCUGUAGCCGAGUCCUCGUCUCUAAAGCUGCUCCAACAAACCACGGAAAGUGUCUGAAAAUCAGAUUUGACCGGGUGUGUUUGUUAAUACACUGGAAGAAGAGAGCAGUCAGAAACCACGUCAUUUGUCAUUGAACGGCUAGAGGGAUUUUAUUUUUACUUUCCUUUGGGCAUAAAGUGAUAAAACGGCAGAGCAGCAUCGACACUCUCACUAAGCUUUACAUACUUUUCUUGAUUUCAAGCCUGAGUUCAAGAUUGUGCAUUCAGUGAAGUGCACUUUUAGAAAGCAUCAUGAAUGUAAAGCUUCAGGUUUUUUUCCAUUUAAAAACAAAAAAACAAAACAGCAAACAUCUGGUUUGUAAUUCGUCUGUAAAAUGAUUGUGUUCCUGUUUUGUCGUCACCAGUCACCUCUACAGGGUCAAAUCCCGAAGGACGGGUUGGAUGCUGUUGUAUGAUACGAGCACUUCUUUGCAUUAGCAUUAGCGAGCUGCAGCCUUCAAACGAGGAAUGUCACUGCUGCUUGGUUUCCAAUCGGGACCGAAACACUGUCAGAAAGACACAAUGAGUAUGUCAUGAAUUCUCUGUCUCGUCUGUUAUCCGUGUGCGAUCCUGUUAAAGCGGCCGAAACAUUUGUCCAACCUUAAAAGGGACCUUUGUAAAUGUAAAAUGUUUGCCUCAAGAGACGAAGGAUGCAAAGUUUCAGGCCCUGGUGGCACCUUGAUUCUCAUUUCUGAUUAUUUAUAUUUGCGUUAAUUUAUUUCAUUGUAUUUAUUGGUUAAUUUAUCUAAUGGUUUAUUUUUCUAAUCUUAUUUGCCUUGAUUUUUUUUUUGACACUCGUUAAUGUUCUCCGUGAAUGUUUUUUUUUUGCGUUUUUUGUGCAUUUGCGCAAAACAUCUGCUUUUAUUCUGAAAUUAUAGUCACGUCAAAGUUGCUUUAUAUUCGUUAUUUUCAGCUUCACUACAUAUCACAGUCUUGUCUUUUCAGAAACACAAGGAAAGCAAGCAAUUUUCCAACAAAAUUGGCUCUUUAUUAAUCUGUGAUGGGCGUUUUCUUUAUUAUUUUCUGUCACUUUAUGGACUAAAUAUUUCAUUUUUAAUCGAGAAAAUGAUUUAUCACAUAUUUUUCUUAGCUAAAUGCAUGUAAACUGCACAUAAUUCCAUUUAGUUUCUACGUUGAACAUGGGUUUGUCCUCACCAGACCGGGGUUAAAUGUUAUUUUCAAGUAAUAUUUGUGUUUGUGUUAACCUGCAAGACACUGCAACGUGCAAAAUUAGGAGAUAUUGAAAGGAGAAUUUACUUGAUUUCGACAAAUCAACUGUCUGCCCACCAGGUUAAAAACCAAAAAGAUUGACAACAGAAAAAUAAUUAACAGAAACACUGUCUGACGUUGGUCUUAAAGCCUGAUUCUCUCGUUUUACUUUCGAAUGUUAAGUGACCUCUGACGUUUGAUCUCGUCUUUAUCCUAAGUGUGACCCGACAUACAUGUAAAUGUGAAUGCUUUUCUCUGAGGACUCUGGAGAACGAACAGUAUUUCAACUUCGGGUGCUGUUGAAGUUGAAAAGAAGCUACGGCGAAAUGUGACCACGAAUAAGCUGAACUUACUGUUGCUAAAUGGACUCUGUUCAGGUCGGGAUUCUACUGUUAUUGACUGACUUGUAUUUGCACUGGAACACACUGAUUUGAGUAAAAUCAUAGCCAACAAUCCAA